AUGGUUGGCCCAUCAUCUGCUUCCAGACUAAAUCAAAGAAACAACUUGGAAAGGAUCACUGAAGUAAAUGAAUCUCAACCUGACAUUGGCCUCUUUGGCGUUCCCUUAUCUCAAGCCAUUCUUUCGGUUUCAAAAUCAGUUAUCGAUCCCCCAAUUCCAAUCCCAUCACUAACUAAUAGCAAUGACACCAACGCAAUUAUCAUAACCAUCCCCUAUAUCGUCAUUAAUACUACAGAGUUUUUAAUCGAUAAUGAUUUUUUAACUACAAUGGCCAUAUUCAGAAAAAAUGGUAACAACCACAAUAUUACUUAUCUUAAAAAUACCUUCGAUAGUAGACCUAAAGAAGAUAUUGGAAUCAAAUUUCUAAGCGAUCUAUUGAUUGAAAGAGAGCAUAAAAAUGACAGCUUCAAGUCAAAUAAAAUCAGCCAAAAUCAAAAUCAAUUUCUACAAAAUCCACCAAAUUUACAACCCCAAGAUCCAAAUAACCAACUUAAUAAUGACUCAUUGCUCAAUCAAAAUACAUUCCCUGGAAUCUCGCAAACAAACAGGCAAACAUCAAUUAGUAAUACUGUCACUUCGACUCAAAAUUACUCCUCGAGUAUCUUGGAUGAUAAAAACUCAUCCACUUUAUCCCUAAUCUCAAAAUCAGACUUGAAUUUAAAUGAUAAAAACAAAUUACAGCGUUUAAUUCUCUUGAUUAAACUAUACCUUCAAAAUUCAAUCAUCAAAACAAGAGCAAGACGUAAACAUAACCAAAAAUUAAAAAGAAGAGCUACUCUUCAAAGAAAAAAUUCAAUCAAAAGAAAACAUUCAAUUCAAAGAAAGAACUCAAUCAAAAGAAAUAAUUCCUUAAAUUUCAAUCUAAAAGAUAAAUCAAAAAAUCUCAAAAAAGUCUUUACAGUCAAGAAACAUAAACCCCAAGUCAAUGAUGGCUUUGAAUCUGUUUCGCCUUUAAACAAAAAUAAUAACAACAAUUUUGAUAUCAAUAAUAUCAUCAAUUCAAAUGAUUUCAACAACAAAAACACCCAUAACAAUAUCGACAAUCUUGAUGAUACUAAAAAUUCUCCAAAUAACCUGACCAGCACCAAUCACAGCACCAAUGUUAAUGAUGUAGUCUCUUUUCAAUCAAAGGGCAUAUCUUCUUAUGAUGUCUCUGAUGUCUUAAAACUAUAUCUAAGCUCUUUGCCUGAUUCCAUUAUCACUCCAAAAGUUUACACCCUAUUAAUUGAUGAAUUAAAAAAAGAUUACUACAAUGACUUGAUGCAAUUCAAUUCGUUAAAAUUAAAUAACCUCUUUUUAUACUCUAUUAGCCCAGCUUAUCAACAUACAAAUUUAAUAAUCAAAACUAAAAUUACAACUUUUUUAAACUAUUUAAUCGACGUCUUUUUGAAAUAUUUACCAAUCGAAAAUUUCCAUCUCGUUCUUCAUUUAAACAGAUUUUUUUCAAAAUUUUCCGAUAUUGAUAACUACCAACAAAUAUUUAGACAAACUCGAAUCAAUUCCUACAAUCUAGCAAAAAUUCUUUACACAUCCUUUUUCCUUGAUCGUAAAAAUAAUACUUUUAGUUUAAACGAUCACAAAAACGCCGCUGUUACUGACAUCACUUUAUAUCAAUUAAUCUUAAAAAUCUUGUUUGAUAACAAUGAUUAUUUUGUUAAUAAUUGCUACUUGAGAGAUUGUAUUUUAAACACAAAAAAAAUCGAAUUGCAACCAAUGCACAUUCAGGGUUUUAAUGAAGUAUUUCGUCGCUCAAUUCCUAUCCCUGUUUCUUCAAUCAAAAUGGUUGAAAGUACUUUUUCCAAAACCUCAGACGAAAAUCUCAAUCCUCAAUUAUCCUCCUCUCCAAAUCAUAUUGAAAAGAAAUCAAUUAAUAAUGACAACAAUGAGGAAAAUACAAACCUUCAAAACUUCAACACAACUUCAACUGUUGAUAGUCAAUUUGUAAUGGUUAAACCACCAGAAAAUUUAAACUCAACUCCUCUUCCAGAUCCUUUUGUUAAUAAAAAAAUUAAUAAUAACAAUUUAGAUUUUAAAAUUAACCCCUCUCCAAAUGACUAUAAUCCAUCAAAUUCACCAGCUCAAAAUUCCAUCAAAAACAGAGAUUCCUCUCCAAAUAAUUAUAAUUCGUCGAAUUCACCACUUCAAACUUCCAUAAAUAAUAUUGUUCCCUCUGCAAAUAACUACAACUCUUCAAAUUCACCAGCUCAAAUCCCUAUCAAACCCAGAGUUCCUUCUCCAAAUAAUUAUAACUUAUCAAAUUCACCACUUCAAAACUUUUCCAAAAACAGAGCUUCCUCUCCAAAUUAUUUAUCAACCCUAACUCCUAAAUCUAAUAAUGCUCAACAUUCACCAAAUUUAAAUUAUUCAUCUCCAUUGCCUAGUUCAUUUCAAGUUCAAAAAAGCUCAGAUCCCCGGGAACAGUCUUUCUCUUCGUCUUUUAAUCCUGCUUUUAUUCCAAAUAAUCAAUUUUCUCAAAAAUCAUUGCAGUCAUAUCCACAACCACAACGGUCUCCUCCACCUUUACCACAAAAAACAUCUCAUUAUCCAUCUCAACAUACUCAGUAUUCACCUCAAUAUACUCAGUAUUCUUCUCAACCUUACCACACAAGAAAAUCUUCAUCUAAAUCAACAGCACCAUCAAAUCAAAAUAAUCCUUCCAACUCUAAUCCAAGAUAUAUAUCAUCGCAAAAUAAUUAUUCAUCUAACCCUUCAAACAGUUUUUCAACUCCACCUAAUCCAUCUUUUCCUUUUAAAGAAUACAAGUCACCAGUUAUCGCUCUUUCUCCUGCUUCAUCUUCUGUCCCUUUCAAUGAUUCAGCACCUGCACCUGCACCUGCACCUGUUAGUCUCCCUGUCAAUUCUUCUGGGAAUCCAUCCAUCGUCCCCUCAAGAAGUUCGUUUGUUACACCGGUUGCAGUAAAUAGAGAACAAAUUUCAACUCCACCACCGGCUCAAUACGCUCAAAAAUUUGAUGGUCAACCGAAAGUUAAUCAACGUAAAAUUUCAAAUAAUUCUGCUGUUUCAGGAAAUAAAAAUUCUGUACCUGAAUCCAAAACCAAAUUCCCUAAAAAAUCGACAGCUCGCAAUGCAGAACUUUCAAGAAAAUCAACAAAUAAAAAUUCAGAACUUUCAAGAAAUUCUACCAAUAAAUCAUCUAGAAGUAAAAAUAGUGUUAACGUUCAAACUAACAUUUCAAUUAAUGGUAAAACGAUUCGAAGUAAAACGACACUUAAUGAAAGUGUUAAUUCUCGAUCAGGUACAAACACGUUACGUCUGAGCAGAAAUGUUAAGUUGAUUGAUGAUGAACAUUUGAUAUUUAAUGGAGAAAAACGAAGAAUAAUUGAUAUUUGUCGCGAAAUUCAAAGCGGGUGGGCGAAUUAUUGGAAUUUAACAGAUAAUCAAAUCAGAUCAAUUAAGGAGUAUGAUGUGACACGACAGAUUAAUAUUUUUAAUUUAUUCUACACUCAAGCUGAAUUUAUUGAAAAUUUAUAUCUAUUUAUUGAUAUGGGCGAAGAAUUUAAAAGCCAAAACCCAUUUAUUGUUGCACCGUUUUCUAUUGAAUAUUUUUAUGAAAAUUUCUUUUCGAAUUUUCGAACACUUUUGAGAUGUCAUAUUGAGAAAAUAUUGGUACCAAUUUUGGAAUUAAUUAAAUCCCAAGGUAUAUUUAUUUCUCAUGGAAUUUUUAUUAUUUUUGAAAAUUGGGCCAAAGAGGCCCCAGCCGUAUGGAGUUUAUUUGCUGAAGAUUACGCUAGAAUUGAAGUUUUUAUCAAAAUAGGAAGAAGUUUCUCUAGGUAUGAUGACGGGUACACUAAUAUGUUGAGAAGUUUUGAAGUAUGGUCUUCCAAUGUUUUUUCAAGAAAUAAGAAUAGAAGAGAUGGGAUUAGCAGAGAAAUAUUUGAGAAAAUAUUGGGAUACGAUUAUAUUUUAAAAACCACAUAUAAUAAGAUUUUAAGAUUGAAGAAUUUUUAUUCUGAAAAGCAUCCAAUUUAUGAAAACUAUGUUAAAACACGAAAUUUAUUAAGAGGGUUUAUUGUGAGAUUUGAUAAUUUUCGAGGGUUUACAGAAACGAAAAUUAUGAGUGAAUCAAUAAGAGAUAAACUAACUAUUAAUAAUAGUAAAAACCGAAAAAUGAAGAGAUUUUAUUUGAUGAGUGCCGAAACAUCAAGCAAACUUAUAGGUAAAGAUCAUGUUUGUCUAUUAUUUUUCAAUGAUUAUUUAAUCGCUUGCAAAUUCAAUAGCAACCAAAUAAAAUUCAAAAUAAUCGGGGAGGCUAUUUUACUUGAGAAGUUAGUCUUGUGGGUGAUUUAUGAAAAGAAGUCUAAAAAUAAGAAACAUGUUAGAAUAAUUAUAAAUGACAAUUUAGAAUAUAGGAUCAACAUUAACCAUUUGGGUGCAAUUAAGAAAAUAUGCAGUAAUUCAAAUGGAAGAUAUCAUGAAGCGACUAUCUAG